GACAUUUAAAACGGUGUCGUGCCAGAGCCCGGGAACAGAAUGACUUUCCUCAAUUAGAUUUCACCGCUGUGACGAAAACAGAGAGAUUCAAACUGACCCGAUCAGAGCUUCGGAUUCUGUUUCGACGAGAAAUCGGAGUAAGCCCUUUGAAUUAACUCAUUUUGACGAACGUUUGGCGGGCUUGAAAGGCUUUGCUUCAUCGAAUGAUUCAAGAGCUUGAGGUGGCGGCGGACUUUCUUCUUAUCUAGAAUGCUUCAUUCAAACGACUUCAAUUCAUUGAUUCUUCUCUAUGUUUUAAUCUUCAUCAGCAGCAGCUCAAUUUUCAGUCAUGGAGAAAUGCUUGACGGCAGCGUUUUGAAUGUUGGGGAGGAGCUAAAGAAGGAAACUUUACCCUUACGAAUGGGUUCUCGAGUUUACCGACUACAAGGGCUCAAAUCAUUAACUUGGUACGAAGUGAAGAUAUCGUAUCCAGCUUCUAUCCCUGCGAGUUUUUCUUUGCAACUGAAGAAGGGGAAUUCAGAUUCUGGGUUAAAAAGAAACAGAAGACUGUUGAAUACAGAGAAGUUGAUAUUCAAGACCGAUAGUCUUGACAUGAUCAAUGAUCAGGGUGGGUUGCACGUUUUGGUGACUGUGGAACCUGAAGGUUUUGUUGCAAUACCCAACACAAAGGAGAGAGAGUUCAUCAUCUUUAAUAUUGUUUGCGAUGAACUAUUGUUGGGCAUCCCUUACAAAGCUUGGUGGGUUGUAGUCUUUGCCUUGCUGUGUUUAGGAUUGGCAUUGGUUGUUCCUCGUUAUCUUCCAUCAUAUCUGCUUGUUGGUCAAAAUGUUGUCAAGCAGUCCUGAGACUUGUCUUAAGAUGAGGAGUAAUCGAUUAUCAUUGCCACCAUUUUCCUACUGUGGAGCAUGUUUAAAUUGUUAUGUAAGGAGAGGUGUUUCUGUAACAAAAUUUUCAGAGAUGUAGCUCUAGCAACCUUUGGAAAUGUCGAACAUCUGCCUUAAUGAUGCUCAAAUGCAGCAAAUCUUUGUCACCUGUUUAUGUUUGUUCAGGGGUAUAAUUGUAUAGUUCUUCUCCCAGAGACGAAAUCACUUUAAACCAGGGAAUUGAGCAUCGCAUUCUUCA